AUGACCUUGGCAUUGAAAUUGCCCAUAGACUUGUCCAACACCAACGAAGAGCAUGAGCUACUCAGUCUUGACACAGAGGAGAUUGAGCAAAGACUCCAGAAAGACCUCAACAACAUUGAGCUAUGGAGCCAGCUUCUCAACUACUACGACUUGUGGAUCAAUGAAAAACUUGUAUCUGGAGAGAAUGCAGCGAAUAUCGUACCAAACGAGGAAAAACAAAAAAUCAAUAGCGCUUACAGGAGACUUUUAACGCGGUUCCCGAACUUGGAGGAGUACUGGAAAAAGUGGCUGAUUGUUGAGUUCAAAUUAAAUGGAGCAGAGGCCUCGAUAAAUGUUCUUCGCACUGGUGUGGAGAAUUUUCCUCAUUCGGUUUCCCUAUGGUCAGAGUAUUUGGCAGCUUUGAAAACGACAAACGGGGCAGAUGCCGAAAAGUUCAGAUUCAUGUAUAGGGAAGCAUUGAAAUAUAAUGCAUACCAUUUCCAAUCUCACCCUAUUUGGGACAAGGCAAUCGAGUUUGAAACAGAGAAGCUGAACUCUUCCAAUGAAUUGAGAGAGCUUUAUCUACAGGCGUUGAAGAUUCCCAUGUAUCAAUAUGCUCAGUAUUACUCGCAAUUUAGCGAGAUCAGCAAGAAUUUCGAGAUUCAGAAGUUGCUAGAUAAGGAGACUUUGCCCGAGUACGUGGGAAAAUUUGGGAAGUCCAAGUUGGAAGAGCUCUCAUUGAUUGAAAAGCACCAGAUUAUCGACGAUUACUUUAAUGUGGUGUUUGCCUCAACGCAGAUGAAAGUGGGCGCAAUCUGGGAGUACGAGCAGCAAUUGUUGAAUCAGGAUUUUUCAACAGAUAGACUGGCAAUAGACACCGAGCGCAAGAUAUGGCUAGAGUAUCUUGAUAAAGAGAUUACAGCAUACAACGCAUCGCCAGAGGACGGUUCCCAGUUUAAUUUUGUCAGAAGCAUUUUUGAGAGAGCGUUGGUGCCAAACUGUUAUGACACUGAGCUUUGGCAAAAAUAUAUCAAUUUUAUUGAAUCGUCAUCCUUGGCACAAAACGAUGUUGAUGGUGAUGAUGAGAAUGAGAAUGAAAAAAAAUUCAAAGUUAUAGACGAAAUAUACAAGAGAGCCAACUCGAGGUUUGUGCCGUUGGAUCAAAAUGACCUUCGACUUGGGUAUGUUGAUUUUUUGGUGCAACAAAACAUGCCCAGCCAAGCUAAUGAGUAUCUUUUUGACUGGAUAAAGUUGUUUAGCGGCAAUUCAAAACUAUAUCUCAAAAAGUCUUAUUUGGAAAUGGUGCACGGGAUUCUCAAUUUGUGGGAAAGGCAAUUGAGCAAGUCGAAAUUUCAAUCGGCAUUGGAGAGUAUAGUGGAUAAACGUUUUUUUAAGAAAAUGGGCAACGACCAGGACCAGGCCAAGGGCAAGGACAAAGACCAGGACGAGGACAUCGACAUGUCCGACAAGACACGGGCAUCGGAUUCAAACGAGCGGCAAGUGGAAGACUCCAGUUUGUCACUACUGAAUGAGUUUACAUCCCAAUUCACUCAGUUCUUGAAUGAAGACGCAGUGCCAUUGCUUGUGCUUGCAUUGUUGACUUUAUACAAGAGUCAGAAGGGUACUGUAAAGAUCCGAGAGCUCUUCAACAAGCUUUAUAAAGAGCGAGACUUGGUCAACUCGAUUGGCUUUUGGAGAUUCAUGUUAGAGUUUGAGGGUUUGUACCAAGGCAAUUUGCAAAAUUUGCGGUCGAUCUACAACUUUGUCAAGACCGAGACGCAACUACCCAAGGCUGCAUUAGAUGCAUUUUCGGACUGGUUCUGCGAUUUUGCCUCGGCCAAUGUCAGGAGGAUAUUGAACCUAAACAAGGACAGCUCUGAUGAUACGAUGAUAUGGAAGGAUCUCAACACGUCCAACUCAGUUUUUUACAACAAGUCCAUCCGCAAACGUCAAAGAAGCAAUAAUAAACUUUUCCGCAACCAGUCUUUGAAAGUGAACGAGAAGGACGCACACAGUAGGAUUCUUGAGCAUUUUGCCAAGCAAGCCGGCCAUCCUGGCGAAACAAGGGAUGAAGGUCCGACAUUUUCUGUUUCUGUCGAAGACGGUACAUUCGAGGUAGAUCUUAUUGAUCUCACUAAAAGAGAUUUGCCAGUGCCGCCAUAUCCAACAGUUUUAAAUACACACAAGGCAUCUAUUCCAAAAAAUAACCACUUGCACACCACGAAAAAGUAUAAACAUUGA